ACCUGAUGUAAGUAUGUUUUCGUUUUUCUCCAGAAUCCGACCGCAUUAUCUUGCAGCUCAUAACAUCUUUUAAGAGACCGUCCUAGUCUUGGAAAAAAAAAAACCUACAGUGGUCGGGGUCUUUCUUAUUAUACUUCGUAUCCAAUUACACUUUUGACUUGGGACCAAUCUUGGUUACUCUCUGGUAUUUGCAAAUCCCAAUGCCUUAUUAGUACACCAAGCUUGUUGACCUUUUAUUACCAGUCAUUGGUUGAAACCAGUUCCUUCUUUCCCACGCGACGGCGACGGCGACCCACCACCGGCCAUUGUUUUUAGUGGGCUUUUUUUAUAGGAGUGCCCCCCUAAGUGCUCCUAAGUGCUCCUAAGUUCCCCUAAGUUCCCCCAAGUUCCCCCCAAUCGGUAAGAUUCAGUGGAAGAACAGGGAACCAGUGAGAUCAUUGGAUUGGACGAGAGCUGAAAGUACCCGCUCCCCAAAAUCAAUAGCGGGUUAAAAAAAUUAAAAAACUAGGUACUAUCACACACCAAGGAGUGCAAUAAAGAGUGGGAAGGGAGUUUUUUUGCCCACUAUGGCUUCAACAACUCUUUCUUUACCGCAUCCGCAAAGACAACACACCCUGUCUCGGUCUCCUAGAAAAUCUGGAAUAGCUACUACUUCCACCCCGAACCUCAAUAGCGUUUAUUCAGCACAUUCGAGACUUAUUCCUAGCUCGGGCGCUUUGGCGCGCAAAGCUUCAUUUGCUGCACUGACCCCUGGCUCCUUAGCCUCUAUUCCUGAUGACAGCGAGAGCUACGCCAUAGAUACCGUUCUUACCGAUUCAUCACACAAAAUGCCCCCUUUUACACCAGGAAAGGACACCGGCGAUGGCUUCGACUUGGGUGAUAACGUCGAGGUUCCUGGAAACAUGACCGGCACUAUCCGGUUUGUAGGUUCAGUUGCUGGAAGGAAAGGCACCUUUGUUGGUGUUGAGCUGCAUCCAGAUUAUGCUGCGCGCGGCAAGAAUAGCGGUGAUGUUGAUGGCGUAUCCUACUUUAAUACUUCGAUUCCUGGCUCUGGCAUCUUCGUACCCGUCCAUAAACUCUCUAAACAACAUGACUCGCCUCUUGCACCUUCGAGUUCCCUUCCUCCCACCCCUGGAUUAAGGGUCGCCGGUCAGAAUGCUACGAACUAUACACCAACUCCGUCCCUACCGAGCUUUAGCAAGUCUCUCGGCCCAGCUAGAGCUCCAAGCCCCCAAGGCAAACGGAGUAGACCAUCCCUACCACGUCCGGAAUCGCCCAUGCGCAAGCUAACAUUAACCCCCGCUCCACCCCGACCGAUGACAGCAACACCAGGCCCGAGGGCGCCUUCUCGUUAUGGCACACCUACUGUCCCUAAGCUCGGGGCCAGUAUACGAGGUGUUCCUGGGGAUCCAAGCAAGAUGUUGAAAUUGGACAGGAAGCCAAGCAUACUUCCUAGGAGUGCGUCUGCUAUGGGACCAAUAUUCAGUUACGACGAGGAAGAAACUACACCUGUUGGAUUGCAUCCUAAAGCAAAUGGAAGUAUUGGAUCAGCGUCGUCGCUAUCAUUUAAACGUCCCCAAUCACGAGCUGCCCAUAUAAAUGAGGAGGAAAUUGAACGACUAAAAGCUCAACUCGAAGAUCGAGACCGGCAAUUAAAGGAUCAAGCAUCUACCCUAGCUGAAAUGGAGAGUAGUCUAUCCGAGCUUACGAUGCUAAUAGACCAGUCGGAUACUGGGAGGAUGAGAGCGGGUAGCAUAGACGACAAGGACACUUCGCAACUACGAACGAUGCUUAGAGAGAAGAACGAGAAAAUCGCCACGCUCACGGCUGAGUUCGACGCGCACAGGGCUGACUUCCGCAGCACUAUCGACACUCUCGAGAUGGCUAGCACUGAAACCCAGCGGGUUUACGAUGCUAGAAUUCGCGAAUUAGAACAAGAGCUGCAUGAAGCACAAGAGCGAAAUGUUGACGUCGAUAGCGUCGCACGGCAGCUUAAACAGCUCGAAGAGUUAGUCCAAGAGCUCGAAGAAGGCUUAGAAGAUGCUCGUCGAGGAGAAGCGGAAGCUCGUGGUGAAGUAGAAUUCCUACGAGGAGAGGUUGAGAGAACAAGGACAGAAUUACGGAGGGAGCGCGAGAAGGCCGCGGCCGCCUUAAACGGGGGCAAUAAUGGAGAAGACAAGCUGUCUAUGUCAAAAGAGCUAGAACAGAAGGAUGACGAGAUUAGAGGUUUGAAGGCUAUUAUCCAUUCCCUGAGUAGGGACUCCAUUCCCGGCUCAGAUUCCUCAGAAAAGACGCCUACGCUACCCCAGCGCAGUAAUUCCCUCAUCAAUUCUCGCCCGAAUUCCAUCGAUAACCACUCCGCAAGGGAGAAAUUAGAGCGGGAAGUAUUCGAAUUGCGUAAUCUCAUCGAGAGCAAGAGCCACCGGGAAGAGGAGCUAGAGCGUGAGAUUGAGUCUCUCAGACGCGCCGGUGCAUCAGUGAACCGUCCUAGUUCGGCUACCCUUAGUAGUGUCAACCGAUCAUCAUAUCGCGAUUCCAAAACGACGGUGGUGGUCCCCUCACAUGAGACGGACUCGCCUGAAACUACUCACAGACGUGCAAAAACCCUCGAAACAACGCCCGAGAGUGAUGCAUAUUCAUCCGUUACCGAGACUAGCACGCUCUGGUGCGAGAUCUGCGAAACUGGAGGCCAUGAUAUACUUACAUGCACUAACAUGUUCGGGUCCCAAAACGAGCAAGGCAAGCCAGCAGCAGAUAGCCAGGCAUCUAACGAAGCGGAUAGCUUUAAGAGCCUGACGGUUCCUACCAGUGGCAAUGAAGAAGAUACACCUCGGCCAUUAUCUCCUAUGAAGCCUAAGGCAGCAGUCGCACCUUCUUCCCCUCCUUCUGCAGCAGUUAAGAUUCUCCCUAACCCGCAAGACUCGGGGCCGUUAGCCGGCAAGGAUAGCGGUGUGGUGGAUCCGGAGAAGUGGUGUGCUCUAUGCGAGCGAGACGGGCAUGACAGCAUCGACUGCCCUCUAGAAGAUGCAUUCUAAGGAAUACUAUAAUGGAAUAAAGCAGAAAUAAACCAUUAAAACGUACCUUAGGUACCUAAUGCAUACAAAUUCGAUCUCGCAUCUUUUCUCGUUAUCCAAUCGUAGGGUCGGCCCUUUUAUUUCUAUGGGAAACGCGUCGCGAUUAACGACUGCUUCGGACCAAUGCUACGAUACCAACGAUUUCACCCUAGUAAUAUUUAUAAUAACUUGAUCGUGGCCUACGUUCCUCUUGGCGUCUUAUAUUGGCAUGUAUAUUCGCUCUGGGUUUGGUUUGGGAAAGGCAAUAGGAAAAACAAUGUUUCCUAGGAAGAAUGGUCUGAAAAGUGAUCAACAAGACUAGACGCAUAGGCUAUCUUACCUAUGUUACCUCUGGUGAUUGCCCAAUUACUCGUUAAGAGGUAGAUGUAUUAUAGUGCAAUAGGUAUGACUCGAUGUCUAUUCGACAGUACCUAACCUAAUAACCCUUUAUUGCUCUCUUA